AACCUUGGCACGCCAAUACCAUGGCAGACAAAAUUGAACCGGAACCACUUCAACAGAACUCUGCAACCAAUGCAUGUCAUCUUUUACACAACCGGAAUCUAAGAAAGCGUGAACUUCUCUGACUUGUCAGAAUCCCAAAACAUAUAUAAAGUCCACAACUUUUCACAGCUCAGAAACGUUUCAACUUUUCCCACUCCCCGUUACGGUACUGUUGCGUAGCAGACCAGAUAUCAUUGUUUCGUCUGAAACUUAUCUCUCUCUCUCUCUCUCUCUCUCUCUGCCAUAAAGGGUUGGCGAAUGGGGAAGAAGAGGGAAGAAAGAGAUAUGGGUACGUUCUUUGAUGGGGUUAUAGAGGCCAUGCCAGUGUUUGCUAAGGAGCUGGUUGCCGGGGGAGUUGCUGGUGGGAUUGCAAAGACCGUGGUUGCUCCCCUCGAGCGUGUCAAAAUUUUGUUUCAGACCAGAAAAGCAGAAUUCCAGAGCAUAGGGCUGUUUGGUUCCUUCAAAAAGAUUGCAAGGACAGAAGGGGUUAUGGGUUUUUACAGAGGUAAUGGGGCUAGUGUUGCUCGAAUUGUUCCCUAUGCAGCACUGCAUUACAUGACUUAUGAGCAAUACCGCAGAUGGAUAAUACUCGCUUUUCCUGACGUGGGGAGAGGCCCCGUGCUUGAUCUCGUGGCUGGAUCAUUUUCUGGAGGAACAGCUGUGCUCUUUACUUAUCCUCUUGAUUUAGUUCGGACUAAAUUAGCUUAUCAGGUUGUUGGUUCAUCAAAUUUGAAUGCUCAAUCGGUACUGACAAAUGGAAAGGUUUAUAAAGGAAUUCUUGACUGUUUCUCAAAGACUCGUAACGAGGGUGGGAUUAGAGGUCUCUAUCGUGGUGUGGCUCCAUCACUUUAUGGAAUUUUCCCCUAUGCUGGUUUGAAGUUCUACUGCUAUGAGGAGAUGAAACGCCAUGUCCCUCAGGAGCACAAGAAAAAUAUUAUGGUGAAACUUGUAUGUGGAUCUGUUGCAGGUUUAUUGGGUCAGACCUUCACAUACCCUCUUGAUGUUGUCAGGAGGCAAAUGCAGGUUCAACGGCACUUGGCAUCGAAUAGUGCCGAGAUAAAAGGAACAAUAGAAACCCUUGUUAUGAUCGCUGAAAAGCAAGGAUGGAAACAGUUAUUCUCAGGGCUGAGCAUCAACUACUUGAAGGUUGUACCAUCUGUCGCCAUUGGGUUUACUGUAUAUGAUAUGAUGAAAUCAUACCUGAGUGUUCCAUCACGAGAUGAAGCUGUUAUUGAAGUGGUAUCCAGCACAAGUAGCAGCGAACCAACAUCACUUCAUUCUUGAUAAUAAUUCUUACUCAUUUUUUCUUUGAGCAGUUUUCUACACAAGUCAUCAGGAGCUUCCUAGGCCCUUUUUUCAUCUGUACAUUUCCAUUCUUUCAAGCUGUACAAUAGCACAUAAUGUAUAGUCCAUCCCUCCAGAAAGACCUCCCUCAAGGUCUAAUUUUUACAGAUUUCAUAAGAGGAUGAUCCUUAAAAUAGCAGACAUCAUUGAUUUGGCAUUCAAUCAUUUGAAGAGGUAAUUGAAAUCUAGGAGGGUGAUAUUUAUUUA